AUGCAUGAAAAGGAAGAAUACCCUUAUCUGCUGACUGAUAAUGGUGCUUCCUUGUCAGACGCAGCCAAGCAAAAUGUUGUCCGCCUGUCACAGGGCUUUGCUCAGAAACACCAGAUGGGGAGCUACAGUUACUUUGCAGACAAGGCAAUCUUCCAGCUUAUGGUGGAAAUGACAAAGCUUGACCCAAAACGAGAAUGGUCCAAGUUCAAACCAAAGAAUGGAGAGUCAAUGGGUGAACUACACCACUUCCUAUGUGACCCUAGUCAUGAACAGCGCAUCAUGGCUGCUCGCCACUCUCAUCUGCUCUUGACAAAGAAUGAUGGGACUCCUCUGGACACACGACACCAAGACCUGGUGUUCAGGAAGGUCUAUGAGACAGCUCUGGGAAACCUCAGUGCGCAGGGCACAAUCCCUGAAUCUUUUAGCAAAGAUGAAGAGAAUAACCGUGUGGCAACAUUACUGCUCACACUGGGGGUUGUAGCAGCCAAUUCGCCAUACCUAGAGGCCAAAGCACUUUUUGCCAUGUGCUUCUGGGCGCCAGGCAAGGAGGUGGAUGCUGCACUGGUUGCUAGGGUCGUUACCAGGGUAGCUGAAUCAAGAGGAAAGCCACUUCGGAGAUACGUGCGGCACCACCUCCCAUACCUAGCCAGGGAGUGGCUGCAGCAUGGCUAUGAGGUAGAUGCCUUCCCCUUCUCCCUGCUGGAGUGCACCAGUGCAGAGGCCUUCAUUCGGGAGAACAUAGACAUCCUUGUGCCAGUUUUCUUUGAGUGUGACCAGAUAGGCCAGCUGGAUCACUUAGCCAAGGCUUGUACAAAGGAUGUUCCACAGCUACUCCAAGAGGCUUUUCCUACACUUAUGGCCUACAUUUUCCCCUGUAUUGCUGCUGAGACUGAUGAGGCAACCAAGCAGCAUCUGCAGCCUGCUAAGAUUUUUGCAGCUCGUAAGCACUACAAAUUUCUGGAAAAGACCCUUGGGUCAGACCAGCUGAACACCCUACUGGAUAAAGACAUUGAUAAGAUUACAUUGACACUGCUUAAGCUUGUCCAUGAUCCCAAUCCUAUGGUUGAGGGGGAGGUUGUGGUGGCUCCCAACCCUCCUCACUUUCCCCCAAUCAUUGUUCAGAAGACACUUAAGUACCUGGGAGCUCUCUUUGGUGAGGCACAUCGAACUCAGAUUUCUCAAAACUGCUGA